UUCAGGAGACUAGCUAGCCACGUGGUUGUUAUAUAAAUAUAGCAAGAUGUGUGUGCUCUAAUCAGUAAUGGCUAGUAUAUGUGGUAAUGUCUUCUCCAAGUUAACUAUAUUCUCCAAGAAGAUCUUUCUUCCAUUGAGACUCUCUCUGAAAUACAAUCCAUCACUGAUUGGAAAGUAUAUGAGUAGAACUUUUGUGACGUCCAGCACAGUCAAAGAGGAACAAUACAACAGCACACAGAAGGUGCAUCACAAGCCUGUCCUCAUAGCUGAUGAUAAUUAUGAACAGAAUACAAAAAAAUGGAUAUCAGAACUGAUCGAAAAAGUGAAAGCCGUUACCAAACUGAACAUCGAAUUUCCUAACUAUUCUUCUUAUGAGAGGAUGUUACUAUUUCUUAUAACUUCAGAACAUAGAACAGAUGCAUUGGACGAUUUACUCAAACUUGAAGUUCUGGAAAGAUUAAAUUCAUUUCGCCCGAUUUUUCUGCCAAAACUUCUAUCGACUCUAAUGAAGUGCAACUGUAUAAACCGGCUGCUACUAAAAGCAAGCUCGGAACGGAUUUGUCAACUGAUAGAAACCGAUUUAGAUAAUGUGCCGGACAAUUUUAACUUUGGACAACUGUUUUGGGUGUUUGGUAAAAGUCUUCAUUACAAUCAAUCACUUUGCAAUUCACUACUAACUCUUGUUACCAAUAGAGACACGCUCCUUACUCCAUGGAUGGUCGGGAACAUUGCUUGGUAUUGUGCACGCGUUCAAUACUACAACCCGAAACUUCUCGAUCAAAUACUGGAAUACACGUUACACCACUUGGACGAGUUUCCUCGACUGCAAUUGAGCAACCUUGUCUACACCCUGGGGCAAUUAAACCAUGGUAAUGCAGAGCUACUGGCGGCUGUGGGAGAGAUCCUUGAGAGGGAGACACUACCACCUAGCGAAGGAGAACAGAUCUACUGGGUGUACAUGUGGACCUCUAUGGUACUCGGCUCAAUUAGACCCGGGAUAGCAACUCGUCUCUUUGACAACCAGUUUAUUGAAGCCUCCAUGGGCGGCGGAUUCCACUUGAGUGUUCUACUCCAACUCAGUAUAGCUGUGAACUAUGAGCACAGGAAACUUGGACUAGCUGGUACCAAAUCCAUUCCCAGUAGAUGGGGAGAAGGUUUUGAUUCCAUUCAAAAUGUGGAUGUGAAGCACACACGAAAAGCCUCGAUUGAUCGACUUGAUCGAUACAAGGCUGGUGGAACAGCAUCCAUGUUCUCAGAAAAUGCCAAGAGAGCUUUGGCUCAAGUUGUCGGUGAAGAUUUCUUCACUACCGAAGCUAUUUCGUUGUCUGGCUAUAUCGUGGAUUUUGAAAUAUUGCUCGAUUCCAAUAACAGGCCUGUCCGCAUCCCAAGACGAUGGAAAAGGCAAUGGAAAGAAUCCGUUAUAAGUAGCAUCUAUUCCAAUCGGGUACGAAUUAGAAAGAAAGCAUCUCAAGUUUCUUCUCUCAUUGAAAAGCUAGAAGGUGCUGAGACUAGUACAGAGUGUGUAACUUUAAAUGAUGCCGUUUUGGACUCGAAAUUCGAUCUCAGAAUGCGUAUAAACUUGGCCAGUGACUGGGGGAGCAAGUUUGAGGCCAUUCCACGGAGGGUGACUCGACGCAUUGCUAUUGAGGUGGAUGGUAUUAUUCAUUUUGCAGCCAACUGUGACCACGAGAUGGGCCGUACAGUGAUCAAACACAGACAGCUGAGGGCCCUAGGAUGGGAGGUUCUGCAGAUUCGAUACCAAGAGUGGGAGCUGCUGAAAGAUGGAGACGCUCAUGUGCAGUAUCUAGCCGAAAGAAUAUUUAGUUUACCAUAGCUAUAUUCAUGUAGAGCAGCGUAGACAAUGUUAGCCUCGAUUCCAGGCCGCGCGCCUUGUUUAAGCGGCCUGGAAUCGAGGCUAAGACAAUGUAUGAUUGCGUGUCAUGGAAAAUUGUGGUUUACAUCAAUUUG